AUGGCCACACGUAUAUUAUUACCAAGGCUAAACAAUGCCUCCAAUUUCAACUUCUUUUUCAACAACACCAAGAAGAACCUUUUGAUUGACCAAAACUUCAUUGGCAAUCAAUUUCUCUACAGAAAGUACGUCGCAGGGCGCAUGAAAAUGAGAAAAGAGCACCUUUUGGUUCAAGAAGGAGAUGAGAACAUGACGUUGAACAAAGUAGCUACCAAAGUAUUGAACUGUCACGAUGAUGGCAAGGCCGGAAGUAAGGAUAUUACUGGAAACCCGAACAGCCAUGUACCGUUCAAGGUGGUACCCUGUGCCCCCAAGUUGAGAAAACCAUCAAACGAUGAGGCUCAAAGUACAACAGUCACUGUAUCACGCUCAGAGAUCUCCAAAUUGAUAUCUCCGUACAUAAAAUUGGCGAAGCCAAGGUUAACUGUGUUGGUCAUACUAAGUGCUAUCUGUUCGUAUGCCAUCUCGCCUUAUUCGGUCGCCCUUCCUAAAUUAAUCUUUCUUACUUUGGGAACAGGUUUAAGUUCUGCGGCAGCCAAUGCUAUAAAUAUGGCCAGAGAACCAGAAUUUGAUAGACAGAUGCCCAGAACAAGCGGUAGACCAAUCGUUACAGGAGCAUUGACUCCACAACAGGGAUACAAGUUUGCGGCAGUCACUGGGACCCUAGGAUGCACGAUAUUGUAUCUCGGAGUGAACACUAUAGUAGCACAGUUGGGAUUCUUAAACAUUGUUUUGUAUGCCUGGAUAUACACUUCAUUGAAGCGAAAGUCCAUCUUGAAUACCUGGGUAGGGGCUUUAGUUGGUGCAAUCCCUCCCUUGAUGGGAUGGGCUGCUGCGUCCUCGCUAAUGAGCGAACCAGGUGCCUGGUGUGUUGCUGCGCUACUCUACGCAUGGCAGUUUCCUCACUUUAAUGCAUUAUCUCAUAACAUUGCUGACCAAUAUAAGAAUGCUGGCUACAAGAUGACCGCCGCAGAAAACCCCAAAUUGAAUGCUAGAGUAGCAUUUAGAUAUUCACUUUUGAUGUUUCCAAUUUGCUUCGGGCUCUCAUACUUUGGAGUCACCGAUUGGGUAUUUGCUGCCGAUUCCUCAUUGGCAAACGGAUGGAUGACAUACUGGGCCUACAAAUUUUGGAAACAACAGAGAGAAAACUACUCAGCUAAGAAUGGAUUCAAGCCCACCGCUGAAGGAAUUACAUUGGCAAACGUAUAUGCCAAGAAGGUAUUUUGGAGUUCAGUGUGGCAUUUGCCAGCGGUGUUGAUAUUGGCUAUGCUUCAUAAGAAGGGGCAGUGGGACAGGUUAUUCGAGUACUUGGGGAUAAGAAAGUCAAAGUGUCAGCCAUUGGUGUAG